GUCACCGCUCCCUCGCGGCGGGCCUAACACGGACCCGCCUCCCCGAGAUCCGCGAGCCCAGUUCAGGCAGGAGACAGAAAGCAACCCGACUCGCGGAGCAAGCGCAGGCGCAGUAGCGGUCAGGAUCCGCUCCGUUAGCAAAAGGCAAAUAGCUUGGAGACUGAGAAUGGUGCUGGAGAGCGUGGCCCGCAUCGUGAAGGUGCAGCUCCCCGCCUACCUCAAGCGGCUCCCGGUCCCGGAGAGCAUUACCGGGUUCGCCCGGCUCACAGUUUCAGAAUGGCUUCGUUUGUUACCGUUCCUGGGUGUACUUGCACUGCUAGGCUACCUUGCAGUUCGUCCAUUCCUCCCCAGGAAGAAACAACAGAAAGAUAGCUUGAUUAAUCUCAAGAUUCAGAAGGAAAAUCCAAAAGUAGUGAAUGAAAUAAACAUUGAAGAUUUGUCCCUUACUAAAGCUGCUUACUGCAGGUGUUGGCGUUCUAAGACGUUUCCUGCCUGUGAUGGGUCACAUAAUAAACACAAUGAAUUAACAGGAGAUAAUGUGGGUCCACUAAUAUUGAAGAAAAAAGAAGUAUAGGAGUGUUGGACUAAUUACUUUAAUUUCUGUGGUAUAAAAUCAUUAUAUUGUAUUUUUCAAUUAUUUGUGUCUAUAAGUGCCUUUGAAUGGCAUAGAUCAUAUCUUUAGUAGUCUUAAUUAAUGUUGUUGGUCUGGUCAUCAUUUCUGCCAUUUAGUUUUCUUACUACACUACUGUUUUGUAUUUGAUACUUUGUAUAUUCAGAAGAAUCAUAUUUAUGUAGAACUUAAAAACUGAACAAGCCUUUGCAUUAUGAAAUAAUAGGUUCCUUUGUGUUUCAGCAAUAAAAUCAUACUCCUGAUCUUAAUUUUUAACUUUGAGACUAUUAGUGUAAGAUUUCUGUAUUACUCCUAAAACUAUUUAUCUGUGAUGACUUAUAUACAAUAAUAGCAUUUUCAACAUCUACAUAACUCCUUUUAUUUUCUGCAGUGUAAAAAUACAUAUUUUUCAAACACUUCUGUACCUUGAAAUUAUUUUUCUUCAGCCUUGUCAUCUUUAUAUGAAUAAGAAAAUAUGUUGUGGCCCAAUGUGUAUCAAUUCUGUGCUCUCAUGACAGUAAUGUGUUAGGUAACUGGGCUAAAGAUAGGUUCUUUGCUUUAAGAAGAUUCUGGUGCAAUGUGGAUCCCAACUGGAGAAAACUAGAUGAACAGGAUUUUUAAAAACCCAAAUAAUUUAAGGAGUGGUUAUUUGUAUUACAACAAGGGUUCUUUGGUUUACAAAAGAAUUCCCCUAAAGGGGCUUCUUUGAAUAAAAAUUUGCCUGUCAGUCAUGAA